AUGUUUUUUAAUGAAAAAAAAACUGCACUACCUUUGCGUCUUACGCUUAUCGAUAAAGCUUGCAGUUUCGGAUUCACAAACACAAGCAGUCGUAGCAGAAACGACGUAUACACAUCCGGCACCACUCCCUCUAAUUAUUUGAUGAAAAAAUGUAUUUGGGUUCGGUUUUGGCAGCGUGCUGUACAACUGGAUCUUUUUGCAAUAUCUCGAUAA